UAAACGCGUCUGACGCAGUGUGUUCUUCACCAUCGUGCGUACAUCAAUACAGUGUCGGUUAGUCCUGCUAAAUCUGCGUUUAAAACAUCUGACAGUUAUAAAACUGCAUAGAAAGUCUGCGAUUUAAUUUAUUGCCUGCAGAUUUUGAUUAUUUAUACCAGUUUAUACCAGUAACCAACAUCAAAGAUGAAGACUAAAUUCAUCAAUGGCGUGUCUUCUUCGCCUUCUAUGUCCCUGGUUUUGUUGGUAAAUGAGAAUGUCCUCGAAGUCCAGGCAGACAGUGGGAACGACUGCAAAGACAUUAUUCGACCGGAUGAGCCCGACCACCAGACGAAGCUUAAGGCGUAUCUGUGGUGUAAAGAAUUCCUUCACGGAGCCUGGAAAUCCAUAGCUGAGGAUGAUUUCCAAAUCUCUAUCAUCAGGGGAGGUCUCAGCAACAAGCUAUUCCUCUGCGCUUUGCCAGAGAAGCAACCAAGCCUGGGAGAUGAACCACGAAACGUGCUCCUUCGCCUAUAUGGACAAAUUCUGCAGAUGUCCUGUAAUAAAGGGGAUUCCAGACAAUCAAACACAGAAAAUCACUUUCAAGGAGCUGAUGCCAUGGUACUGGAGAGUGUGAUGUUUGCUAUCCUGGCUGAGAGGGAGCUUGGGCCGAAGCUUUAUGGCAUCUUUCCACAGGGGAGACUGGAACAGUUUCUCCCAAGUCGAAAACUGUCCACAGAGGAGCUGAGUGUCCCUGGUAUAUGUGCUGAGAUUGCUGAAAAGAUCGCCAGGUUUCAUGGAAUGAGAAUGCCCUUCAACAAGGAGCCAAAGUGGCUGUUUGGCACAAUGGAAAAGUACAUGGAUCAAGUGCUCCAGCUCACCUUCACCAGGGAACACCAUCUGCGUAAUUUCUCUCGCCUUAUGAGCUACAACUUGCCUCAAGAGAUGGACAGUCUCAAGUGUCUACUAGAAUCUACUCCCUCUCCUGUUGUUUUCUGCCACAAUGACUUGCAGGAAGGAAACAUCUUGCUCCUAAGUGGCCGUGAGAACACAGACAGACAGAGGCUCAUGCUGAUCGACUUUGAGUACAGCAGCUACAACUACAGAGGAUUUGACAUUGGAAAUUUCUUCUGCGAGUGGACUUAUGACUACACCUAUGACAAGUUUCCAUUUUUCACAGCUAACACCAAAAAUUACCCCACCAAAGCACAGCAGAUACAUUUCUUCCGGAGUUAUCUGUUGGAAUCUAAUGGUGGAUUUGAAAACUUGAGUGAGGAAGACCAGCUGAAACUCAUAGAAGAUAUGCUAGUGGAGGUUAACAGGUUUGCUUUGGCCUCCCACUUCUUCUGGGGAUUGUGGUCUAUUAUCCAGGCCAAAAUAUCAACUAUUGAAUUUGGGUACAUGGAAUAUGCCAUGGCCAGGUUUGAUGCAUACUUUGAGCUGAAAAGGAAGCUCAGGGUUUAAAGGGAAAAUGCAUAAAUUCCCAAACAGACAGAAGGAAGAGGGAACAACCGCUCAUAUGGUGUAAGGAAAAGAGCGGAGCACAUUUCGGAUGUGUUUGAAAGAGGAUGCUCUGAGUGAUUCAGCCAUGCUGCAUAGACCAAAAUCAAUGCAACAUACAUAUUUAAAAAAAACAAAACAAAAAGGCUCUGUGCGUUGAGUAUUCCAUAUGCUGCUUCUCAAUGUUUACAAUUGUAAGCUUCUCACAUUUAACACACCAGACUGAGCUUCUAAUCUAGACAGUUGGAGAGAAAGAUACAAGACACUAACAAGGUCAUGUGCUGAAAAAAAAAAAAAAAAAAGAUUGUAGGUCAGAGUAGAAAAUACUUUAUGCAGCUGCAAUUUGAGUCAUAAGUCAAAGAAUGGUGUGGUGGAAGUUCUUCAUACUAACUUAAACCUUGUGGUAUUUCUUAUCACCUUGUCAUUUGCUGUAAUGUUAUCUAUACAACCGGUAAUAGAAGAUGUGCUGUGAAAGAGUAAGGUUCAAAAACUGGACCUGUUACCAGAAAAUGGUACAACAGACCAAAUUAUGUUGACACUAUUGUUCUGAUGAUUCAGUAUUGUGUUUCCAAGUUCUUGGUUUCCAUUUUUUGGUGUCCUUUUUACUGGAUGAUUUACCUCUUUUCUACUUGAACUUCUAGUAGAUUAUGUCUUAUUUCAUUUCUAUUUCUAGUAGAUCCGCAUGAUGUGAAGUGAAAUACCUGUGGGACCGUACCAUCUGUGUACUCCUUAGGAGGAGAUUGUAGAAAUGAAAUAUCUGUCUUAAUGGUGGAAAACUUUAUGGUUUUGACCAUAGUGAUCUCAUUCACCUCAUAUUAGAGGUGCUUGUGUAUUUUAUAAGAAAAAGUGCCCAAUGUGAGAUUACUCCUGCUUGUAUCUGAUUUGAUAUUAAAUUGAUAACUGUUGGAUAUGUAUAUAAAACGUAACAUCUAUCCAAUCUAUUCCAAAAAAAACAAAAAAACAUUUUUUUUUCUAUAACAGUUGGUUUAAUUAUAGUUUCGCAUUAAAACAGAAGUGAAAGUUUAUUCUUGUAAAAUUAUUUUAUGCUAUGAAAUAGUUUUGCAACUAAACAAUAUUUACUUAAUGCAUUUAAUGUUUUUCAUUUUACUCUGUAUAACCCUAAAUUGUGGGGUUUUAUAUGUUUUAAAUGUAGGUAUAGUAUUAUUAUUAUUUUUUGCUAACAGUCAUGUCGAAGGCACUUUCUGAAGCAGUUUUGUGAAGUUUUAGUACUUGCAAAUGUAACUUUUCUAUUAUUUUUCUGCAAUGGAAGAUGUAUUUUUCUUAAUAAGAAAGUGUUCUCUGUCCUUACUGAAAUAAUGUCAGUGGACCUCUUGACCAUUUUUUACUGUACUAUGCUGGUGAUCAGUUGAUUUGUUUCCACAUAUCUUAAACCAUAGAAAAUAAAAAAUGUUAAUAUUUAUUUACAUUAUAUAUAACUGGUCUCUAUGAAUCAAGACUGAUUUUUGAAACAUCAGUAACCAUAAAGGAAAAAGUGGAAGUAUAGUGUUGAAUGUAAAAAUAAAAAAACAAUAAUUAAAUAUGAUUCCUUUGUAUUUUAAAAUCCGGUGUUUAGACCAGCUUUACUAACUUAUCCAUCUGUUAACAUCAGUAUCAAGGCUGUGAUGCUUGUUCACUCUAAAUAUAUAUUAAAAAUGAGGAAUAGAAAAAGAAAAAUUAUUUACACUUCUGCUUACAAAAGCGGUAAGAUGUGAAACCAUUCAACAGAAUGUAAUGUACUAAUUCAUGCUUUGCAUAUUACUGUGAAUAAAGAGUUGAAAAUGUA